AUGGGCUCCAUCGCAUCGGUGCUGCAAUGGCAUUGUCAGGCGUGCGGUCAAAUCAACCCAACAGAGAGUGUGAAAUGUUUAAAAUGUGGUACAAAGAGAAUUUCGAGUCAUGACAGUGGUUCACAAAAACGUUAUUUUACGGGGGAUUCGUCGUCAGAAUACGCUUCUCGGACAGAAAAAAGCGGUGGUACGACACCUGGCUCGGAGACUAUUGCCAUACCGACGACUAGUAACUUCAAUAGCGGAUGGUCGUGUGUGGGUUCGGCGCCGCUGGCACGGCGCGCUUGGCGCUGCGGAUGCGGUCUCCGCAACGUGUCCGCGGCCUGGCGUUGCACUGCAUGCGACGCACUCGCGCCACAUGCGCCUGUCUACAGACUAUCUGAUGACGAGGAUCAAGCUACAGGGAUGACGGAAAAGGAUAAAUUGGCUCAAGACAACACCAUGAUCCGGUCCAACACCCUGGCGGUGCCCUCCUACAAGCCCUCGUCCAGCUGCUCGGACGGCCGCCGGCUGUCCCCCACCCAGCUGACGGAGCAGGCGCACGGCGUCACCAGGUCCCUCUCGCACGGCUCCGUGAUCAGCUCGCAGCAGAAGUGGUGGGGCGCCGAGGAGCCGCGCGGCGCCAUCAGCCGCCCCACCAGCCUGAUGGUCGCCGAGCGCUACGGGCCCAACGCCGCCCAGGCCAACCCGCGCGAGUCCUUCCUGCGCAGCCUGCACACCGUCACGCGCAAGAAGCGCUGCGACGGCAGCAAGUCCAACUGGGAGCUGGACUACGUGAAGGACUACCAGCGCGAGCAGGGCAGGGCGCCCCACCUGAAGAGGUGGGCGUGCGCGAAGUGCACCCUCGAGAACUCCGGGAUAAGGAGCCACUGCGAGGCGUGCCUAUCGCCCAGGGUGUCCCCGCUGUCCCGGAUCUCGAACACCAGGGGCUUGAGCGUGACCACCCUAGGCAGACACGAGACGGCGAGCGGCAGGGACGGCGCGACGUCUCUACCCACCUCGGGCGGAGUGAUGAUCACCGUGCCCGACUGGCCGCAGACCGCGUCAACGCUCGGCGAGUCGCGCCGGAAGUCCGUUUCGGCUCAGAACUCACCGGAAACCAGGCCCAACUACCGCCGCUCAUUCUCCGAGCACGCCGACCACCGGCCCGUGGGCAAAGUGAUCUCCAGCCGACGCAGCCUCGACAAGUCUCUGGAGGGCCCGCCGAAGGGGGAGAGCGAGAGGCAAGAGGAGGCUGGCUCCGAGCUGAUCGACAAAGAGUGCAGCUGGGACACGAACGCCGAGGGCGUGAUAUACGCGCUCCCGAACAAGGGCAAGUACAAGGACCUCAAUCUGCAGCUGCAGGUGAACAGCAACGGCACCCGCUACUCGUACGUCUCCGUCCAGGACGUGAGGACGGUGAUGAGCAACUGCCAGAACGAGGCGCUGUACUCGAACGACACCGGGGACGGAGACUACGCGAGGAUCGACGAGCUCCUCAGCUCGGAGAACUGCGUCUCGCCCCACCAGCAGAAGGAGGCGAAGGUGUUCAACAUGCUGCCGUCUAUCGGCAAGGUGUCGCACCCCCGCGAGCCCACCAGGCCGAUCCCUCAGCAGCAGCCGGGGGCGCGCAUGUGGCAGUGUGGCGAGUGCUGGUUCGCGUACAACGCGUGGGGCGCCCGCUGCGACGUGUGCCGCAGCGCGAGGCCGCCGCACGCCGUCACGCUCGCCGCGCACACGGCGGACCGCGACCGGGAGAGGGAGAGGGAGCAGCGCGCUAGUCCAAGGCCCUCUCUGUCAGAGGCCUCCGGAUUGAAGCAGGAGACCAGUCGGAGCGAGCCCCCCAAGAAGCUCCAAGUGCCAAUAGCCUCCCUGGACCACGAUCUCAACAGCGAUGAGUUGCUGUUCGCAGUGGUGUCCGGAACAGAUGCCGGCUCGUCGGCGUCGGCCACGUGGCCCUGCGCCCGCUGCACCCUACUCAACGAGCCGACAGCCGCCGAAUGCGCCGCCUGCCUAGCCGCCCGCCCCGCCCCCCAGAACUACUGGUCUUGCAGUUCGUGCACGCUACGGAACCCCGUGGCAGAGACGCUCUGCAUGGCGUGCAAGACCCCGCCCGUGCCACGCCACGCGGACUCCGAACACCCAGCCGCGCUGCACGGCGCGGACGCCCUGGCGGGGCGCAGCCCCUCGCCGAGGCGCAGCCGCCACACGCCGGCGCUGCCGCGGCGCGGCUCCCGCCACAAAACCCCACCGCCCGAACCCAAAGUGGAGGCCGAGUGGGCGUGCUCCGAAUGCACGUACGUGAACGCGCCGGCGGCGGGCAGCUGCGACAUGUGCCGCUCGGCGAGGAGCCGCCUGCUGCCCGCGGCGGCGAGGACCGACGACGACGACGACGACGAAGACUCCGAUACGGACGGGCAAGAGAGCACACCGAUGGAGAUCUUGCGUUUGAGGGAGGAGAGUCACGCGUGGACCCAGUGGCAGGAGGUUCUGGCCCAGUGCUCCGCUACGGGCGAGCCGUACGUGGACGAGUCGUUCCCGGCGGCGGCGCGCUCGCUGUACUACGGGGGCGCCGGUGGGGGCGCGGCGGGGGCGGGGGGCGGUGCUGGGGGCGGGGGCGGAGGGGCGGCGGAGGGCGGGGCGGCCGCGCGCUGGCUGCGCCCGCACCAGAUCAGCGUGGACGCCGACCCGCGGCUGCCCUGGGUGGUCUUCCGGGACCCGCGCCCCUCCGACAUCUCGCAAGGUGUGCUGGGCAACUGCUGGCUGCUGUCGGCGCUGGCGGUGCUGGCCGAGCGGUCGGCGCUGGUGCGAGGAGUGCUGGUGCGCGGUGAGCCCUCGCGCGGAGCCUACCAGCUGCGGCUGUGCAAGGACGGCCGCUGGCUCACCGUCACCGUCGACGACCUGCUGCCGUGCAACAAGAAGGGGCAGCUGGUCUACUCGCAGGCGAAGAGGAAGCAGCUGUGGGUGCCGCUGAUCGAGAAGGCGGUCGCGAAACUUCACGGAUGCUACGAGGCUCUCGUGUCUGGCAGAGCUAUUGAAGGUCUGUGCACCUUGACGGGGGCGCCGUGCGAGUCGGUGUCGCUGCAGGCGGGGGGCGCGGGCGGCGCGGGGGGCGGCGGCCCGCUGGAGCAGCUGGACCGCGACCUGGUGUGGGCGCAGCUGCUCUCCUCGCGGCAGGCCUGCUUCCUCAUGGGCGCCAGCUGCGGCGGCGGCAACAUGAAGGUGGACGAGGAGGAGUACCAGCGGCUGGGGCUGCGGCCGCGGCACGCGUACUCGGUGCUGGACGUGGUGGAGCUGUGCGAGGGCGGCGGGGGCCCGCUGCGGCUGCUGCGGCUGCGCAACCCCUGGGGCCACUACACGUGGCGCGGCGCGUGGGCGCACGCGUGCCCGCGCUGGAGCGACGCGCUGCGCCGCGCCGUGGCGCCGCUCGCCGCGCCCGACGACAGGGACCACGGCGUCUUCUGGAUCGGCUUCGACGACGUGCUCAAGUACUUCGACUGCAUCGACAUCUGCAAGGUGCGCGUGGGCUGGCACGAGGUGCGGCUGGCCGGCAUCCUGCCGCCCAUGUGCUCGACGCGCCACCUCACCUGCCUGCUGCUCACGGCCAGCCAGCCCACCGAGGUGGACUUCACGCUGUUCCAGGAGGGCCAGAGAAACUCGGAGAAGAGCCAGAGGUCGCAGCUGGACCUGUGCGUGGUAGUGUUCAGAACGAAGUCCGGCACGAGUGCGCAGAUCGGCAAGUUGGUGGCUCACAGCAAGCGACAGGUGCGCGGCUUCGUGGGCUGCCACAAGAUGCUGGGAAAGGGUUGUACCUGGUGGUUGCCUUUGGUGCGCGGCUUCGUGGGCUGCCACAAGAUGCUGGAGAAGGGGCUGUACCUGGUGGUGUGCCUGGCGUUCAACCACUGGCACACGGGGCUGGAGGCGGGCGGCGCCAGCGGCUGGCCGCGGCACGUGCUGGCCGUGCACUCGUCGAAGCCGCUGGCCGUGCGCCGCCCGCCGCUGCACGCGCACCUGCUGGCCGACGCGAUCAUCGGGCUCACGCUGGCGCGCGGCCAGCGCCACGAGGGCCGCCAGGGCAUGACGGCCUACUACCUCACCAAGGCUGGUGCCGUAGUCUCUCUCGACAGCUCUCGCUACGGCCAGCGCCACGAGGGCCGCCAGGGCAUGACGGCCUACUACCUCACCAAGGGUUGGGCGGGCCUGGUCGUGAUGGUGGAGAACCGGCACACGGACAAGUGGAUACACGUGAAGUGCGACUGCCAGGAGAGCUACAACGUGGUUUCCACCAGAGGCGAGCUGAAGACCAUCGACUCCGUGCCGCCGCUACACAGGCAGGUGAUCAUCGUGCUGACGCAGCUGGAGGGCAGCGGCGGCUUCUCGAUCGCGCACCGGCUCACGCACCGGCUGGCGGGCGGCGCGCGGCUGCAGGACUGGGCGCCGCGCGAGCGCGACCACGAGCCGCGCCACCGGCCGCCGCUCGCGCGCCGCCUGCAGGGCCUGCACGCGCCGCGCCUCAUCACC